AUGCAUCACCCUGUAGUCACCAUUAUCAUAACACAACAUUUGAAGAUCUUUCCAAUGAUCUUUUAUAUAAAAUAUUUAAUUAUUUCAACAUCAAUGGAAUAUUUAAUUUAUUUUAUAAUCAGUUUAUAUAUAAAUCAAGUCAUAAACAAAUAUCAUUUACCAUUACAUGUUCGUCUAAUGAAUGAGGAAGAUGAAAAAUAUUUUUAUAAGUAUAUUCAACAAUAUACAUAUUUAGCUAAUGCACGAUCUAUUGAAUUAGUUUGCUCAUUAAAAUUAUUAAAUUUUAAUUUAUUUAUAAAUUAA